UUUUGCUCCAACAGUCACAAGAUGGUGAAGGACGCGAGCAAGCAGCCGUUUAUGGCGUCGGCCGACUUGGAUCCGUGCACGUACGCCGUCUCGCCGACGUCGAAAGGGGUGUCUCGCUGGCACCGCGCCAAGCAACGGUUUCCCAUUCGAACUGGACUGGCUGCGAUCGCUCUGUUUACAUUGGGAUCGAUCUUGCUGUACGUGAGCACGCUGUUUGGCUUGGACGGCGAACGCAAGGGCCUCUCGUUUUUCAUUCUUGGCCUCAUCACUUUCAUUCCUGGGAGCUAUGCCACGACGCAACUCUACGGCGCGUACAAAGGCUGGCACGGCUACGACUAUAGCCAGAUUCCUUCGUACGACGACUAAGCACCGUCUCGUCGUCACAACUAGUCUCGGCGGUAACAUCUCAAUCAUGCCGCCUUGCAUCUACCGUCACGUCCCCCGCGCGCACUGCCAACGCGAAAGACACGAUAGUAACCAAAUAGAUGUGCCAUGCGUGUCUCCCUGCGUCGAUCGCCCGAACGUGGUGUCCAUGGCGGGGCUGCAACGUUUCACCUCCA